AUGGAUCGAAGUGGUUCUAACAAUCAGCCAUUGGGCCAACGUGGACAGGGUCGAAUGGCAGCUUUAGAUGCCGAUAAACAGCGCUCUGCUGGUGGCCGAGGUGGACGUGGUGGAAGAGGCAGAGGUCGUGGUGGUGGACGAGGCAGAGGUCGAGGUGGAAACAGGGGACCUAGAAGAACGAAGACUCAGAAGCUUGAAGAGAUAAAAAAGGAGAUGGAGUCGCUUGGACUUGAGGUUGGGGAUCCACACUUGGAAUCGAAAGCUGAUCCAGGGGAAGUCGGAGAGAAAAUUCGAGUUUUAACAAAUGUUUAUGGAGUUAAGAUGGAAGAAAAAACAGUUUAUCGUUACGACAUUACAAUUUCUGCUGUACCGAAGAAGAAAGGACCAGCGCGUAUUGAAUUUACUAAAAGAACAAAGGACGAUUGUGUUGUUGUGGAUCGUCGCGAUUUUUGUCGCGUCGCUUUUGACUUUUUCUUUGAGAAGGAGAAGGCCGUUUUUGGCGAAAAUCGUUACACUUUGUAUUAUGAUCUUCAAUCAAUUCUCUAUACACUCUUCCAGUUAUCAUUUGAAGGAAAAGACGAGCAAAAAUUUCAACUUAAUAAAGAGGAAUGUGAAAGUCAUAAAUUGUUACAGGAUUUUAAUAGAGUGGAGAUGCUUGUUAGAAAAGUGAAUAAGCAAGUCGAAUUAGCGGACCUUUCAUUUUUAACUAAUGAUAUGAGCAAACAAAAUCAUUCCUUGGCCCAAUUUAUUGAGCUUGCAACUUCACAACAUCCUCUUCAGACUCCAAAUGAGCACGUCAUUCUCGGCGGAGGAACGUCUUAUUUGAUUACUCCUGAUAUGUAUGACUUUGUUCCCGAGGAUGGACCUGAGCUUAGUGCGCAUAACAAAUACUUGGCAAUUGGUAUUCAUAAGAGCGUACGAUAUGUUGAAGGACCUACAGGUCGAAAUUCAAAAAAAGUCGGAUUGACACCUUUUCAUAAUACUGAUGGCACUCUUCUGGAUAAGACUGCAUCAAUUGUUGGUCCAAAUGCAAUUAGAGAUGACGGUUCUGUAGAUCGCGGUGCAAUUGCUUAUUUAAACCAGCAAUUGAAAGCAACUGCUUUUGAAAAAGGACAGACUAAUUAUUACCCAAUGGAACUCUGUUCAAUUCGUGAUAAUCAGCGAGCUCAAUUGAGUCAAUUAAAUGCUAGGGAAGUUGCUGCAAUGAUUAAACCGUUAAUUGCUAAAGGUCGUCGACUUCCUCCUCCAACAAUUCUUUUUGGACGAGAAAGAGAGUCAAUGGUUGAUAAGGAUUCUGGUAAAUGGCAGGUUAGAGAUGCAUUUUAUUUGCCGGCAACUAUCGAAAAAUGGGCUAUUUAUUUAAUCCCUGCUGCAAGAACAAGAGAGAAAUAUCGCUUUGGUGAAAAUGAAAUGAAUGAUUUUAUUCGCGCUUAUAUUAACUGCUGUAAACAACAUGGUAUGAUAAUUAACGGUCCAGCAGAUAAACAAAUGUUGCAGCCCAACCCAGAUGACGUUGAUAAGUGUAUAGGAAUAUGCAAAGACAAUAAUUGCGACUUUGUUUUCUUUGUCACUAGUGAUGCUGUUACAAAUUUGCAUAAUUUAAUCAAAGGAUGUGAAAGGAAAUAUGAAAUUGUCACGCAAGAUUUAAAGCUCUCUAAUGCAGCUGAAAUUGCAAUGAGAGGCAAACAAGAAACUGUUUUAAAUAUCGUUUGUAAGACUAAUGAAAAAAUGGGAGGAAUUAAUUAUACGAUCAAAUUGGCUGGUCAAGGAAUUCACAAUUUAAUUGAAGAUGGGACGUUGUUUAUUGGUUUAGGAAUUUCACAUCCCGGAGCUUUGGGAAAUUAUGAACGCGCUAGAGGAGCUGCACCUAACGUUCCUUCUGUUAUUGGAUAUGCAGCAAAUAUGAAAAAACAUUCCUUUGACUUUGUUGGCGAUUACUUAUUUGAUGAGGCUCGUCGUGAUGAAAAAUAUACUACAUUAGCACAUAUUACCAAAACUUGUGUGACUCGAUAUCAAAAUUCAAGAGGAGAUGCACCCAAACGAUUAAUACUGUUUAGGAAUGGAAUGUCUGAGGGGCAAUUUGCUACAGCUAAACAAUAUGAGAUACCAAUGGUUCGUUUGGCAUUGCAAGAAUGUUCAGCCAGUAGUUGCAAGUUAACUGUUUUGGUUUCACAAAAGACGCAUAAUAUUCGUCUUUUUGCUCAUGAAGAGCCUACUGGUUCUUCCAAAAAUUUGAAUAUUAAACCAGGAACGGUUGUUGACGAGCAAGUGACACAUCCUGAACAUUCAGAAUUUUAUUUAAAUUGUCAUUCGGCAAUCCAGGCAAGCUCUUUCUUACAAGUUAUAGCGUAA